UGCAGUAGGACCUAAACAGUGACAGAUGGCGUGGUAGCAACGUACGUAGAAAUGAGAAAAGUUUUAUUCAUCUCACAUUGAUAUAAGAUAAAAUUUAAUAACAGGACAAGGUAAGGUUCACUGACACUACCAUCAGGAUAUCUCGGAGUAAGCCCUCUUACUAAAAUGGACGCCCUGCAGAGGAGAGUGAUUCAGGAGGACAUGGUCCAAUACAAACUCUUCUUGAUCCAGCCAGACGGUUCAUCUUCACAGCAAACUGAGGAACAUCUCUCUCAACUUGUAGAGGAGAUUUUGGCAAAGGUCGCCCCACUCUUGAUCCAAUACAUCUGGCAGCAUCAGCCGUUCAACCUCAAGUAUCAUCCUGAGAAAGGAAGUGUCCCUGCUCACAUUGGAGGUAGCACUCAGUUUGGUGACAAUGUGGAGGAUGAGUGGUUUAUCGUUUACCUCCUGCAGCAAAUCACAGAGGCCUUCCCAGAUCUCGCAGCCAGAGUUGAGGACAAUGAUGGGGAGUUUCUUCUGAUUGAAGCAGCAGAUUAUCUUCCCAAGUGGCUGAAUCCAGACACCAGUGAACUGAGGAUCUUCCUCUAUAGGGGAGAACUGCAUAUCCUGCCCUGCCCCUCCAAAUCCAGUCCAGUAGGCAUAGCAAAGGAUGUCGUACCCAGUGUGGCACAAGCUCUUGCACUGCUCUCCACCCACCCAGACGCCUGUCGGGCAAGUCCCAAGAUCUGUUCAGUCCUAAGGAAACGACUUGAGGGGUAUCCAAAGAAGAUUGAAACAGGUCUCCACCGUGCCCACUGCUUCAUACCUGCAGGUAUUGCCAAGUUGUUGGCACAGCGACCAGACCUAAUCGCCCCUGCAGUGUCAGCUUUCUACCUGCGGGAUCCAGUAGAUCUGCAGGCGUGCCGAAGCUUCAAGACCUUUCCUCCUGAUACAAGAGUUCUCACCUCGGUGACAUUCACCCGUUGCCUGUAUGCCCAGCUGCAGCAGCAACAGUUCACCCCAGACCGGAGGAGCGGCUUCACGUUGCCUCCUCUCUCUCAUCCCCAGUACAAAGCUCAUGAGCUUGGCAUGAAACUGGCACAUGGCUUUGAGAUCCUGUGCUCUAAGUGCAGGCUGCCGUCAUCAGAGCCUGAUGCCCCCAUCAGUUGUAACCCUCAGUGGAAAGGCUUCAUGGACAGUCUGAAAAGGAACGGCUACUUCCGGGGAGAGCUGGAGGGUUCGGCUCGUUUCAGCGAACUGACAAGAUCUGCAGAAAACUUCUUCAAGCAGUCUGUGACCUCAAAAUCGAGUGCUUUGUCCCCAGGUGAGGAGGUUCUCCAGCUGCUGCACAGCUGCAGUUCCUUCAACAUAGAGGAGCUGAAGAAACAAGAGUCACAGCUCCCCCAAGAGGACAGUGACAGUUGGCUGGAUAUCACAGCUCAGGAUUUGGAGCGUAUGUUGCAGGAAAGGAGUGGGGGGAGGGCUGAUGUUGGAAGCCAAAACUCCAGUUCCACCAAACAGACGCAGCGUGUCACGGGUGCAGAGGAGAGGAGAAGGGAGACGGAGGAUGACAAGGAGGAAGAGGAGGCCGGUUACAGCCUGGUAGCAGUCAGUCAGGGGAUGAAGAACUUCCUCAGCGCCAUGUCGUCGCAUGAGGGUGCUGAACUGCCCUGGAGCAGCUCAUCUCAGCCUUUUAGUUUCGAGCCUGUGUCCAUGGCCAACGCACUGGACAGACUGCUGGGAAGUAAAGACGAAGAGCUAGAUUCAGACGAUCUAGGUGAUGAUGAUGAUGAUGAGGAUGAGGAUGAGGAUGAAGAGGAAGAAGAGAAAGAAGAGGUGUCUUCUGGCCAUGUAGAGAUGAACGGGUCGGAAACCUUGGACAGUCUGAGACAAUACAUGGACCAAAUGGAUCUGGAGCUGAUGAGCACUAACAUAGGAAAAAGCUUCAAUCAAACUAAUUACAGCAAAGCAGACUUGGACAGUGGCUCUACUCAUCCCUCUGCCACGGGCAGUCCCCCAAGGGAGGGAGGGGUGGAGGACACAGAGGAGGAGAUCCAGCCUCUUGACGUGGACUUCAACCUGGUCACAAACCUGCUGGAGUCCCUCAGCUGCCAGGACGGGUUGGCCGGACCGGCCUCCAACCUGCUGCAGAGCCUCGGCUUACACCUACCGCCCAACUCUGAUUCCUCAUGACAAUUCCUCAUCUCCCUUCAGAAUGAAAGGUAAUAAAUAACACCCAACAAGGAGCAGCACCGACAGCUGUUAGCAGAGUGCCUUCAUUACAUUGACGGUACUUCUGUUGCCGAAGAUCUCAUCUGUGUUAAGUUUGUUCUGUGGAGUUUUCAUUGUAACCAAAUGUGGCUUUGUUUAGAUUCACUCAUUGUGUUCACUAUAAAACUGUGUUCUUUAGGACUAACAGACACACUUGUAAUACACAUUUGUAAAAAUCUUUUUAAAUGUUUUGAAACCCGAAUUGUUUGCUGUACAAAAGGACAAGGAAGCUCUUGUAUGUCAAUUAAAUGUACACAUAACACACCAUAAUAACAAUAGAAUUAUUUAUAGGAUUUUACAAAAUGUUUUGAUAGCUCUGUUCGGUUUGUAUAAGUGAGCAAAUUUUGCUCAAAACAUACAUUUCCAAUUGAUGUCCACAUCAAUUAUCUAUGAUGGGGUCAUAAUUAUGGCAAUGUAAAAAGUAAAGCAUCUAAUCUCAGUUUUGGUUGCAAUGUACAUAUAGAUAUUCAUGUCUGUGUUACCGUGACUUGUUUUUUCUCUUUUCAUGUUACUUAAUCGUGGAAACCAACUCUCCCUCACAGUCUAGUCUCUGAAAUCCAUGUUUGUUUGAAGGGACAAUAAACUAGACAGAGAAAUAUUCUACAGCAAAUUCUGAUGUACUAUUUUGAUCAAGUUUACAGGGGAUUUUAACACAUGCUGCUAAUGUUGGGAUUGAUGUCUCAGUGGUGGUUUUCAACAGCACUUGCAUUCAGUUGCGAGAAACAGAAUAAAUAUUUUUGCAAAUAAACUUA